UGAAAAAAAAAAUCAUGCGCGCGCGAACCAUAUACUUUAAAUUCGAGACAUCGAGACGGAUGAUCUACAACAACCCGUACCUCACACAACAUGUCUGACUUGAAAUUUUGCACAGUCUGUGCUGUCAACAACAAUAGGUAAGUACCGCAGCCAGGUGCCAAUUGAAUAGCCACUAAUAGCGUAGAUCGAUGGAAGCGCACCGUGCGCUCAAAGAGGCUGGCUUCACCGUUGACUCCUUCGGGACGGGCUCUGCGGUUCGUCUUCCAGGUCCGUCCAUUGACAAGCCCAACGUGUAUCCAUUCGGAACGCCGUACGACGAGAUAUACAAGGAGUUGGAAGCUCAGGACCCCAAACUCUACACAGCGAACGGGAUCUUGGCCAUGUUAGACCGCAACCGUAAGAUUAAAACGGCUCCGCAGAAGUGGCACGACGGGGACAUCAAGUUUGACGUGGUGUUCACGUGUGAAGAGCGCUGCUUUGAGAGUGUUUUGGACGACAUGAUGACCCGCGCCGAGAGCGGCAAAAGCGGCAAAGCGUUGCAUGUGAUCAAUGUAGACAUCAAGGACGACCAUGAGAACGCCGUUAUUGGCGGACAGGGCAUUCUCGAGCUUGCGAACCGGUUCACCGAGUUGUACGAGCAGUGCAGGGCAGCGGAUGCCCUGAUGUCGUUUGAUGACGCCGUCAUGGAUGUGUUGACCACGUGGCAGGAGGCCCAUCCACACUUGCCGUUAUUGUACAGCGUGUGCUUUGAAUAACCACAGCUGCUACAGAGCAAUGUAGGGGAGUAUGAGGAGAGCUAAACAAGAAACACGUCCGAGGCAAUCACAAAGAAACAUCAAUCUGAUAUGGAAGUUGUAGCUGUACGCAAGACUGCGGUCUUAGGUAUGUAUGGGUGUAGAGGAAACGAUGGCCCAAAGGUCAGUAUCAGGAAAACACUGGGUCAGCCCACAUUUUGAAUUGGAGAGAUAUGUCAUAGAAAAUGGCAUGUAAAGCUAGAGCUAGAGAUUUUCUACUCUCAUUUUAACCUACUGUCGCCGAAACGGUUUCUAAAUGACUCGCAAUAUUUAUAGCCAGUCGUAUUAAAUAUAUA